AUGGGCAGCAGUAUACGUUACAAAGAGGUCUGGUUCCAGAACCGCCGCGCCAAAUGGCGCCGCCAGGAGAAGAUGGAGGCCGCCCGCCUGGGCCUGAGCGAGUACCACGCGGCCACCCUCUCUCGGGCGGCCGGCACCAGCCUCUCCCUGCCCAUGGACCCGUGGCUGUCGCCGCCCCUCCUGUCGGCGCUGCCCGGCUUCCUGAGCCACCCACAGACCGGCUACCCCAGCUACCUCACCUCCCCCGUGGCAUCCGACCCUGGGAGGCCGCCCAUGGCCCACGCGCAUCCCUCCAGUGCGCCGCCCGACCUCAGGAGCACUUCCAUAGCCGCUCUGAGGCUCAAGGCGAAGGAGCACGUGGAGAGCAUCACCAAGGGCAUGCAGAUGGUUUAA